CUUAAAGCAUAGUAUGUAUACAAUGUAUGAGGAAGACGAAUCUCCGGCUAGAAAUCGCUUUGUUAAGCCUUCGUCUUCGGCUCAGACAGGGGACUCUAAAAAUAUCUCCGGUAGUUGAAAACCAAAUUUUCUUGAAUGUUUAUUGUGCGGGAGAACAGGUCACGACGCCAAUCAUUGUUUCGCGUUACAAAAACGUCCGUUUAUGUAUACAUGGUCUAUGUAUGGUCUAAGGUCAGAAAGGCACAUUCCCAUAUGGCACUUUGUAAUUGGUGUAUUUUCAUUAUCAGUUGAAUGAAUUUCUUCACCAAAUGUCACGCGUGUCGAAGACUGCCGAUUUCUUCCAAUUUCAAAUAUUGUAAUGAUAAUUGGAUCUCACUCAUAAAUUCCCAAGGAUAGAACUUGAGUAGUCGAUGAACGAUGGAUAGUUGCUCAGAUAUAUCAAGGUAUGAUCUGGAUUCCAUACCAUCUACUGAUACCCUUCAUUUAAUGACAGACGAAUUCCGACAUCGGCAUGUCUUUACUCCAGACUCCUCGACUACAGAGUUGUCACAGCGUGUUACCACAUUAGAAUUGGAGAAUGAGAGUUUACGAGUGGAAUUAGCAAAUUUGCGCGUAGAAUUGAAUGCAAAAAUAGCAGCCAAUCAAGGACUUAAAGAUAAAAUCACAGAGCUGUAUAUUGAAGUUCAAGAAAAUCAUCAGGAGAGGAUUAAGCUUGAGAACGUUGUAAAGAAUGCCAAGGACCAAGCCACUGCUGCCGAGAGCAUGAGAAAAUGGUAUACCGCACAAAUCCAUAGCGUAUAUGCGAGUAAAAAUACCGAGGUUGAGACUUAUAAGGAAUUGGUAAAUGAAAAAAAUAAAAUGGCUUUUCUCCUCACCACACGAUACCAGCAAUCUAAUGCAGAAUUUUUUGAUCUGACCAAAAAGUUUCAAAAGGAAAGACAGCAGCUUAAGGGAGAAAUAGAAAUACUCAAAAUCAAGAGUGCUCAAUACUGUGGGGCGUCGACUAUAUCAUGUAGCUCUCAGGCUCAUUUGUCUUCUGAUUUGACUACCAAAUUGGAAACAACCGAAACCCAGCUACGCGAUACCACAGUGGAGUUGCAAACUUUGAAACAACAUCUCCUUAGCAUAGAAGUUGCCAAGGCAUCGUUGGAAACUACACUAGCAAAGCAUAAGGAGUUAAUUUCAGCGAUGAAAAUAAAUCUGGAAAAAUGUGAGAUGGAAAAGGAUGAGCACAAGAAUCAUCUAAACAUUGCACAAAUUGAAAUAAGCCAGUUAAAAUCUGAAAACGUCGUCUUACAGUCAACUCUCUUGUGUUCUAAUCGGGAACAUAAUCAAGUAGAAAGUGCUAUAGUUCAGCUCAAGUCUCGGUUGAAUAAAAUGAUUGUGCAACAUAGAUUGCUGAAAUCUAAGAAUGCCGAAUUGGAGUCAAAGGUCAGUUUGUUGGAAGAAAUUCAAAAUGAGAACCAAACUUUAAGGUCUCGUUCCUUUGAGGCAAAUCGCUCGAUGUUCAAAAAACUUAGAGAGACCCAACGGAAAAUCAAAUUCUUGGAAGAACAACUCGGGGAAGCGGAUAAAAGAAAGCACUUAUCCCAGAUGCGGACCAAAACCGAUGCUUCACUACAACAAUGUCUCAGGCGAGCUCUCCAUAGAAACAAGGAGCUCGCAGGAAGACUGAAAUCGAUGACAAUAACCAAUACUUUGGAAGAGAGUAUUGACGAGGGUUACGGAGAUGGAUGUGCUCAGAGCAUAGCUAUGGAUUUUCCUUCGCCAGCACCACUCAACCCACGAUUAAUGCGGACUAUAUCGCACGUCUUGACAAAUAGCGAUAACCUUCUCAGUCCUUUGCAAAUUGGGUUGGACGAACUGUGUCGAAAAUUGAAAAGUUCAGAAGGGAGAGAGUACACGAAAUUGCUGGGUUCUAGUCCAAUGUCCCCAGCUUCUCCGCAGAAUAAUUCAAGAUCGGUGGCCUGAUUCAAACACAGAUCUAAGAUUAAUAUAUUAAACCAUAUAUUUACCAAAUACAGAUGUUGCACAGUAA